AUGUUAACAUAAAUAGAGGAUAAAAUAUCUACAAUCCUUAAUGUAGGGUUUAAAGAGUAAUUAGCUAAGUUUAAGAAUUAAUCAUUUCGAAAAAGACAAUCAUUUAAAGAAACAGAACUAAGAAGAAAAAGUACUGAUUAUUGGCUUGCUUCAGAUAAAGAGAAGCGUCUUGAUUUGUUUAUGCCUACAGAUUAACAUUAAUAAUUGAAUAACAAAUUAUUAUUAAGAUGCAAUACUAAAACUCUUUUAGUUAAAAGAACAAAAGGUUUAAUUAGAAACGAGGUAAAAUCGAAAUCGUUUUAAUCUAUAAACAACACAGUUUAAAAUAAAAUAUUUUAUAUGAAAAAGUCAGCAUAACAUUUAGACAAAUAAACUGAUUUUGAGACACCUUCAAAGAGAAUUAAUGGAUUUGAAAAUAUGAUCAAAUCAAAAAAUUAUGAAAUUUAUAUUAGAGGAAGAACUAAUUGUAUGAUUAGAAAUUAUAUUAAUGAAAUAUUCAAUUGUGAAUAAAAACCUGAUAUUAAUAAUAUUUCCAAAAGAAUAUAAACUUUACCAAAUACAUAAAUAAAAAAAUAAAAGAAUUAACUAGAUAGAAAUGAAUAAAUUCUUAGAACUUAUAAUUCAAAAUAAAAUGAUACUGUUUUGAAAUCUCUAAGAUUUUGA